AUGUAUCAAGCAGAUCUCGAGUCACGCAAGAUUGGAAUACGUGUAUCGCCUUUGCAUGGACCUGCACUCGAGCCUCCCCCUCCUCCGAUCGUAAUAUGCCCGACGGAAGUAGAUAGCAUUAAUGUCACUUUGGAGAAGAAUCAGCAGUGUGCAUGCAAAGACUGUGGAAAAUUGUUCAAUUCGGUUUGGUAUCUGAAGCAACAUGCAGUAAAACAUUCCAACGAUCGCCCAUUCAAGUGCAAGUUCUGUUUCAAGACCUACAAGUUUCGUUCAAACCUUUACCAGCACAAAUGCCCUGAUCGCCAAAAGCAGAUGAGUCAGGGAGGACGUCGUCGCGGUGGGCUUGCUGUCUCCCCUUCUGCACGCCGUUUAGAAACAAACCACUUGCUGAAAUCGCGAAUUGAAACUAGCACAAAUCCAGAGGAGAACGCAGCAUAUCAGUCAUCCGUUUCUGAUAAUGAGGAUAACGACCUUCCCAUCACAUAUGGCUUGAAUUUCUCCUCAAAUGAACAAAAUGCACCGCCAUCGGAAGAUAUACACAUUGAGCCUAUAGCAAAGCAGCGACCACCAGAUUGUGUUCGUGCUCAUCCACUUCCUCAGGAAGAGAUUGACGCCUAUAUUGCAAGGAACAAAUCAAAGGUGCACUAUUUCAAUUUACCCCAUCAUGUAUAA